GCGGAAACACCUCGCGGGGGAAGAAAACGCGUUUUUCUGGAAACUGGCCCMAAACGGGCGCUUCCUGUGACGUCGCUGGCAGCGGCCGCCGCGCUGUUGGGCUCCCCCGGCUCCAGGAGAGGCGUUUUCCUGCGGCGGUUCUCCGGCACUGGUCAACCCAAGGAUGGCAUCCCCUAUGGAUUUGAAAGAAGCAACUGGCAGCCAAAGUUCGUGGGAUGCUUUGCUCCCAGAUUUCCCUAAAGGACCACUUUGCAGAUACCGUAAGAAAGCGUCCUUCAACUGGAAGGAAAUGGCAGUAUUUUUAGAUGGGGAAGAUAUCAUCCAGCUCAAGAAUAGAAUCUUCUCUGCUUUAGAAAAUGAUCCUUUGUUUGCACAUCAUCCUGGAGAAGAUUUGAGCCGUGAGAAAUAUCAGGAGCUGACAUUCCUGCGCUGUAAAAGGAUCUUUGAAUAUGAAUUUCUUACUCCACAAGAGAUCAGAGACAACCCUAUAAGAAUUUGGCAUAUGAUUAACUUCUUAGGGAUGUAUGAUUGGUCUGUGUGUCUCAAGUAUUUUUUGCAUAGCAGUGUAUUUUCAGGUGCAAUUUUGAGUGCUUCUAGGAGGUUUGCUGACUUUGUGAAAAAAGCUUAUAGCAUGGAGAUUUUUGGAUGUUUUGCUCUUACUGAACUCAGCCAUGGGACUAAUACAAAAGGCAUACGAACUACUGCCACUUUUGACAGCAACACUCAGGAAUUUAUCAUCAACACUCCAGAUUUUGAAGCUGCAAAGUUCUGGGUUGGUAAUAUGGGGAAAAAUGCCACUCAUGCAGUUGUGUAUGCCCAGCUCUAUACUCCGGAUGGACAGUGUCAUGGAUUGCAUUCCUUUAUUGUACAGAUUCGAGAUACAAAAACGCUUUUACCAGUGCCAGGUGUGAUGGUAGGUGACAUAGGAAAGAAAAUUGGGCAGAAUGGAUUGGAUAAUGGGUUUGCCGUGUUCCAUCAUGUCAGGAUACCUAAAGAAAACAUCCUGAAUGUAGCUGGAGAUGUCACACCUGAAGGGAAAUACUCAAGCUCUUACAAGGAUGUGAAAGAUCGUUUCAGUGCUUCACUUGGGUCCUUGUCCACUGGCAGAGUUCAGAUCACAGCCAUGUCCGUGACCAAUUUGAAGCUCGCCUUGUCUAUAGCCRUUCGCUUCUCAGCAACUCGCCGUCAGUUUGGACCAACUGAUGAUGAAGAAAUACCUGUUCUUGAAUACCAAACACAGCAAUGGCGCCUUCUUCCUUAUCUGGCUGCUAUAUAUGYGUUAGAUUAUUUUUCCAAAUCCCUGUUUGAGAACUUUACAGAAUUUUAUAUAGGCUUACUGACAAAGCAAAGGAGUCAGAGGCAGGCUGAUUUGGGACGUGAGAUUCACGCCUUGUCUGCCGCCAGCAAACCACUGUCUUCUUGGACUGCUCAGCAGGCCUCCCAGGAGUGCCGAGAAGCUUGUGGAGGACAUGGUUACCUUGCCAUGAAUCGUCUGGGCGAAAUUCGUAAUGACAAUGACCCAAACUGCACAUACGAAGGUGACAAUAACGUCCUACUUCAGCAAACAAGCAACUACUUAAUGAGCUGGAUGAGUUGCAUAAGAGAGAAAAUUCCUUUUGAAUCCCCUUUUGGAACAAUAAACUUUUUGCAGAACUACCACCACAUCCUUGGCCAGAAAUUCACAGCCGUUAGUGUUGAAGAUUGCAUGGACUCUUCAGUUCCCUUGGCAGCUUAUAAAUGGCUGGUUUGCUAUCUGCUCCGAGAAAGUGAUCUAAAGCUGAACAAGGAGAAGCAGGCUGGGCAAAGUGAUUUUGAGGCAAGAAACAACUGUCAGGUGUACUACUGUCGAUCAUUAGCGAUUGCUUUUAUUGAGCAAACAGUCUUACAAAGAUACCAUGACUACACUCACGAUCCCAGCGUGCCGUCUACUCUGCAGCCUGUGCUCAAGAACCUCAGUGCUCUCUAUGGCCUCUGGUCUUUAAGUAAGCAUCUGGCUGUGCUCUAUCAAGGUGGCUAUGUUUCCGGUGAACAAGCUGGAAAAUUUAUUCAGAAUGCUAUUUUGGAACUUUGCUACAGGUUGAAAGAUGAUGCCGUUGCUUUGGUUGAUGUCUUUGCUCCUCCUGACUUUAUUCUCAACUCUCCCAUUGGCAAAGCUAACGGAGAGUUAUAUAAAAAUAUGUGGGCUGAGAUCCUUCAAGGAAGCAAAGUUCUGAACAGACCUUCAUGGUGGGCAGAAUUUUGUACUAACAAACCUGUUAUAGGCAGACUGAGGUCAAGAUUAUAAGUGAAACAGUUUGUAAGAGGUCGGAGAGGCUAAGAUGGAUACCAGAUUUCACAGAAUCACAGGAUUUCAAACAUCAGGAGGAACUAAGAGCAUAUGUCAAACAUUGAAAAUGAAAUGAAAAUGAAAGUUUUUAUAUAGAGGUGCAAAAUCUUAAAUUAACUUUAAAAUCAAGUCUAACUUGAAUUGUACAUAUCCUUGUAAAUCAAGUUAAUUGAAAAUGAGUCAUUUAUACAUUUUUUUAAAAAGUAUCGUAAUGUGAACUUGAAAGUCUUAUAUAUUUUUACUGUUAGCUAUAAUGCUUUCAGUACUGCAAAAUGAGUAGUAAGCCUGGAAUAAGCCAAAAUACACCUACAUUUUAGAUCACAAUAUACUUGAAUUGUUAAAAAUCUUGUGUAGUAAGAACAUGUAACUGUGUUGAUAUUGAACAUCCUACAGUUUCUGUCUGUCAUCGUUAUUAACUGGCAAAUCAUUUCUCUUUUCAAAAGAAAGAGACACUAACA